AUGGCAGGUACCCCGCUAGGCAGCUCCAGCACCAGCACCCCGCCUGGUGCUGUAUCACCGGAAGGUUCUCUACGAGCGCACGACGAUUAUUUGGAAGAUACAGACUCCCAGACUACCAGGAAACGUCCUCGGCUCGAUCCUGAUCCCGAUAGUCUUCCUCGCGAGGCUAUGUCGACUGGUCCGCCGCCCACAACGCCAACCCGCGAAGAGCUUCCGUCUCUACAACCCUCAUCCAGCCAGGUCACAAUCAACAUGAAAUCGCCCUCUCAAGCCAUACCGUCCCCACAAGAACAAUUUCCCGCCAACGAAAUCUCCAAACCGGAAGAUGAAAUACAUUCGGAGGUCGCAAACGAUCAGAUCUCAAUUGGAGAAGAUACGGCUAUGGCUGGCGCCCAUUCUUCGACCGCCAUUUCAAUAUCAUCCUCGCCUGCCCAUAGCCCUGAAAUAGAAGUGGCGGAUUUGGAGGAUAUGGACCAGGAUCCGAAUACAUCCCAAUGGCGCCCACUUGGAGAAGCCCUCCGUGAGCAGCAUUCAGCGGGAAUUGUUCAGGUCCAUGAACCAUUCUCACUAGCCGACCAAUUUCCAAAGUUACGUGGAAACCCGGAUUUGAGGGAAUCUUUGGAAGAAACAGUGAACAUGAUUGAGAAAGGUCAUCCUCAAGACACGAUGAUUUUCAAUGCCGUCAAGCAAUGGGUUUCUCUAUGUGCCGAUAACUUAUCACAAAUCACAUUGGAUACAAUUCAGGAUGAUCGGGAAUUUUGGGAAGAGUUACCUACACUAGUUGAAGGACUGCUGCGCCGAGCAGUGAAUUUCCAAACUAGCCAAGGUCAAGGUACAUGGCAAUACCUAGAAGAAUUUUUCUUCGAUUUCGGAAAUAUCGCUAUCCAUAUGCUGUGCCUCGACAUUAGUUAUCUCACCCUGCUUUCUCAAGACCAAGACAUACAGUUGCCGGACUCUAUCUGCAGACCAUAUUUGCAGUCCCUUGUUUGGACCCUUCAGGUUUCGAAUAUCCCAUUCUAUCGGGCUUUGACGCGGUUAAAUCACUCUAAAGUUGCAAACCUAGUUGCGCGGAUUAACGAUCACAUUUCUGAUGCUCCAGUCAACGCUUUGGAGCACCUUUCGGAGUAUGUUUCAUUAAUCUUUGAUCAACUCACGCGGUUUCCUCAGCUAGCGUCAGCCUUAGUUCCAGCGCUGGCUGUGGCAUCUAACAUGCUUGAGUCUCGAAAUGAGCGUCGCACCCACGGUGCCGAUGAAGAUCUUUUGGAAACACCGGCGGUCAACCGCAUCGUCAAGUAUUCUUACGGUCUUUUUCGCGUAGUCAAUGAGAAGUAUCAAAAUGCGGUUGCUAAAAAAGCUUCUUGGGUUACUUCUGACGUCAGUGACAACCUGUCUCGCUCAAUUGGCGUCGCUUUCCGCCUAUUUUGUGAUUGGGAUGUAGCUUUUGCUACCAAACUCGCAGAGGAUCUUUCCCUAGACUUGCCUGACGUCGCAAAUGAAGAUUACGCUUUAAUAGUCUAUUACGCCUGGAAAUUUGCUUCUCUCAAAAGACACAUCAUGGAUGGGCGCAUGGAACUACGAGUCUGGGGUGUGGAGAGCAUGCAAGCGGAGCUCAUCAGCAUCUGGCGACAAAACAUUCAAGGUAACCCGGAAGGCAUUGAAUAUCCUAUUGUGCAGUACCUUUUGAAAUUCCUACGAGACAUUCGUAUCAUCGACUACAUCGUGGGGGUGGGAUCACAUCCUCAACUGAUAAGCCGCAGUGGCAACAUCGUUGGCUUUUUCGUCGUAACUGGUACUUACACUAAUACUGAUACCGACACUAUUUGGAAAGCAGUCACCGACAGCCAAGACCAGAGGACUAUUGGAGAAGUUUUGACAAUGCUGGGUCGUACGAUCACAAUGCAUCCAUCUUCGUCUACAAGCCUAUUAUACUUCUCCUCCAAACUCCUAGAACUUCCUCUCAAUCGAUUUGACACACGUGUCGUUGAGUUCUGCGACCUUCUCUUCAAGACAAUGCGAGAAAAAUAUGAAGAACGUCACCGCGAUGACUUUUCGGACUCUGCCUACCUUGAUUCGACUCCAUUACGCCUGUGCGUUCGUUUAAUACGAGAGUCAAAUUCUUGUCAUGAUAUAAGUGAUGAACACAAGGUCACUCUUCAGAGAUUUGCGGGAGUUCAAUUGCAACAAUUUUUGCUUUUUGGAAUGAGUGAACCAGACAAACGGGACGUUUACGAGCGAUGUAUUGGAGACAUCGGCGAGAAAAAUGAAUUUGCGUCUGGGAGCAUUCAAGCAUUAAACGCGUUGAUUCCAAUGAACUUUGACACUCAAGAAAUCCGAAAGCUUGCGACAGACUAUGACUUGACAGCACUGGUUAUCUCAGAGUUCGCGCAUUUCUGGGAAAACAUUACUGAACUUGCAGACCGAUUUUCACAAAACGCCCUUUCGUCUCGUGUCCAUUUACUCGGCCGUAUCAUCGAUAAAGUGCCUGAUACCAUUACAGAGGAGCUCAGUGACCUUCUUUGGACCAGGGUAUUCAUGACAGGCAAUCUCGAUCAGGCAAGAGGCUUUGUGUGGGAAAUGUUAUGUCGAGCUAUGAAACAUUGCAUAGCACCUAACCCGUUCGUAGAUCGAUGUCUUCAUCAUUAUCUACCAGAAGUGUCGCCGGAGAACUACUCUUCCGAGAUCGUGUCAUUUGCUGAACAUGCAGUUCACUAUGAAAUUCGCUUCAACCCUCCACCAGUUGCUAACGAGAACGAGAUUAUCGCAUUGCCUGGCAUGGAGCGAAUCUGGCACUUUAUCCUGACCGCACCUCCAAAUACAAUCGAAGGGAGAGCAACUCAAUUCGCAAUAGAGAUCUAUUUAGACCAUCUACUGAUACGGAGAGCUCCGGCUUCCGCAGCCGAAGCGACGCAUAUCUCUUUAGUGGACCGUUGUGUUGAACAGAUAAAAUCAGCCGCUACGAAGUUGAAGUCCUUCAAUGAUAGUGCAGAUGGAGAAGAUAAGAUGAUGGUUACGACUGCCGACGAGCAGGAAAUUCAAUCUGCAGGCUUGAAAUUGAGCCGCUCUUUACUUUUUCUUCAACAACUCCUACAGGGUCUUCGAUCUCGACCUCAAUACAGCCCACCCCAAGGUCCCCCGCCAGAGCUCCCGGAACGUAUCGGUAGAGGGGAACCCGUGGAUAUCUCAUACCAAUCUUUUAAUGAGUCUAACCACUCGAAGAUACGCACGUUACGUAUUGGCAACCUUUGUACUGCUGCUGAAUUGGUUGAUCGUUUGACACGUGUAACUGGAUUUAGUAAGUUUAGUGUGAUAUAUGGAGGCCAAAAGAUUGAUCUGCUGGAAACACCAAACACGACUGUACGGGAUCUUAAUAUCAAAGCGCUUCUGAUCAUCCGGAAAAUCCCCGAUGGUCCUGGAUUCAUGACUGCUGGGCGACGUCAAUCGCUUACAUUAGUCGAUUCGGAGGUACUCAAGCACUUUGACGAUCUGUAUGAUCUUCUUGAUCUGGAGGACAGCUACGCGCGUGAAAUUUACGAUUUCCUCAUUGUAUUUCCACCACAGGAACGCUUGCGGGGACUUGUGAGAGCCGAAACCAAUGGAGAGGAAAAGUUAUUUCCGAUGGAGAAGCCCUAUAAAUUUUUGUAUUCUGUGAAGGCACUCUCCAUCUGCCUAAGGGAGGAAUCUCUUGAGGGUGAACCUAACAGUUCUUUCCUUCGCCAUAGUAUCCAAAUACUAAUAAAUGCUCUAAUACGCCCCCAGAUGGCAGCGGCAUCGAAACACAACAUGAAUCUUGUGUUUGCAUGCCAUCUUAUUGAAUGUCUUCUUCUGUGUCUUUCUGUGAAAACAACAAGUUCUCAUACGAUACCCAACGCUGAAGCAUUGGUCAAGGAACUAUUAUUCUUUAUCGAAGCGUGCCAGAAAAUGGACCAGUCCGAAUUUUCGGAGACUGAUAUUCAAAAAGUCAUAUGCAAUUCAUUUGCUGUCCUCGUAGAGGCUUCGGUUUCUCACCAUGGCUUUUGGGAAGUGACAAAGAAACAUGCUCAAUUUGAUCUACUAAUCUUUUCUUUGCUGUUAGAAGAGAAACGGCAUACGAUUCGUCGACAAAUUGCAGAGAAAAUAAAGAUUGUUUGUGGACCGCCUAAACCUCAGAAAAAGAACGAUGGUACGGGGACGACCGAUGCGGAUGGCUCUUCCCCGUCUGAAACCCCAGUUGUUCUGGAUAUCAUGGCGACAAUAUGGGAUGCUUUCGUUCAAAAUAUGCGACGUUCUGUGCAAUAUGCAGAUCAAUCCCAGGAGUUCUUUGCUGUGGCUCUGGUAGUUUUUCACUCGGUUUCUGAAAAAUCGCCACACGACGUUAUAUUUACUGAAUACGUUUCUCAGUGGAGUGAUGCUAUGUUGAGCCACAAAACUCAAGAGUUUGUGGGACGAGAGCCAGUCGACCAUGUCAUAUUGGGAUUUGCGCGCCUUUUGCGUUGGUGCUUGGACGUUGCUGAACAGACAAACACAAAGCUCAACGCAACGAGCCUUAUUGAGAGCUUGAUCAAUAACUAUCUGUUUCCUGACUUAUCAGAGCCCUCGGAUACAGAGAUUAUCACCCCACGAAUUCCUGUCAUGCAUGGAGAAACGAGGGAAGAGCUGUAUAACAUUCUUGUUUUGCUCUGCAAACAAGCAGAUAACUAUGCCAAGGUCAUCGAUCUGAUGUCAGAUCUCAUUCCUCAUGAUUACACGUACAAUACUACAUGGGCCGCCGACAGAUUGAAGGCAAUCAGAUCUCCCGAAGGAUAUGCAGGGCUAAAGAAUCUAUCGAACACUUGUUACCUCAACUCUCUCUUCACCCAGCUUUUCAUGAACAUUUCAUUCCGGGAAUUCAUGCUCAAUGUCUCCCUCACAGAACCCGAAUCGCAGAGACUUUUAGUAGAGACGAAAAAGAUAUUUGGAAACAUGCAAGAGACUUGGUGCAGAUACGUCGAUCCGGAAGGAGCCGUUGGGUGUAUCAGAACCUACGACAACGAGCCCAUUGACGUGACCAUUCAGAUGGAUGUUGAUGAGUUUUACAAUCUUCUUUUCGAUCGAUGGGAGGCACAAAUUCUGGAUCCAGAAGACAAGAAACGCUUCAGGACAUUCUACGGCGGCCAGCUUGUGCAGCAAAUUAAGUCGAAGGAAUGCGAGCACAUAUCAGAGCGUCUCGAACCCUUUUCAGCUAUUCAAUGCGAUAUCAAAGGGAAAGCCAAUUUGGAAGAGAGCUUGCAAGCUUAUGUCGAGGGAGAGGUUAUGCAAGGGGACAAUAAAUACUCAUGCACGUCUUGUGAGAAACACGUUGAUGCAGUGAAACGGGCUUGUCUGAAAGAUGUACCCGACAACUUGAUCUUCCACUUAAAACGCUUCGACUUUGACAUGCUCACCAUGAUGCGGAGCAAGAUCAAUGACGAAUUUCAAUUUCCAGAACGGAUUGACAUGACUCCCUAUAAAGUGGAAUUCCUCUCUGAUCCUGACAAUCAACUUGAGCCGGAUAUCUUCGAGUUGGUGGGUGUUCUGGUCCACAGUGGCACUGCGGAGUCAGGCCAUUACUACAGCUAUAUUCGUGAACGCCCUGUAGCCGACUCAAAGAAGUCCUGGGUUGAAUUCAAUGAUGCCGAUGUCAGUUCAUUCGAACCGGCAAAAAUCGCGGAACAAUGCUUCGGUGGACUGAACGAGUCGUUUCAUGCAACUUCCAUGGGACAAGGACGGUUUGGGAAGGUCUGGAAUGCUUAUAUGCUCUUCUACCAACGCGUCACCAGCAUGGAGACGGCCAAAGAAAUCUAUCAGCCUACUAUCAAGGAUACUCCUGUUCACGUCAAAUUGCCCAUUGAUCUUGGCAACCACAUCGCUAUGGAGAAUGAACUCUUCAUCCGAACAUACUGCCUUCUAGAUCCAUAUCAUGCCUCUUUCGUUCGAUACCUGCUUCAUCUAUCUAAUGAUUUCGUAUCGUCAGGAAAGCCUGACUUUUCAAGACUGCAAAAAACGGCAAUUUUUAUUGCCAUGGAUACAUUUGAUCAAUUGAUAUCGAGAUGCCGAGAGUUGCCAGAAUUAGAUCGCGUUUUCCCCGAAUUCAACAAAGCGAUAUAUGACACGCCUAAAGGGGCAUUAAGGGUUAUCCAAUGGAUUAAUGAGAGGGACACAGGACUCCGCAAUCUGAUAUUGAAACCUACCCAGCCAGCGGUUCGAAAUAUUUCAAAAAAGAUUUUCGUGUCGGCUCUUGCAAGGCUUCAAGACCUGGCAGGAAACAAUGGUAUGGAUGAAAUCGAUCAAGCAAAAUGGGAGUUAAGAUAUACGGAAUCUUGGGAUCAAAUUGUGAUUGCAAUGAGCAAUUUGUGGCCUAUUCUUCACAUCGCGAGCCGUUCCUGGGACGACUAUUUCGAACUUUUGUCUCUAUUCACGUCGUUUCAAAAUCCCAAGAUCGAUAUUCUUCUCGACAACGGAUUUCUUCUCAAAUGUCUCGAGAUUAUUUGGUUAGACCGCGAAGACUCCAAAGAUUUGAGAAGACAUUACCUCAACUACUUUAGGCUCGUGGAACGAGGCCGCAAGUUUUCCCAUAGGAAAUUAAUGGAACUGCUUACUAAUUUGUUAAAAUUCAUCGAUUUCACAUUGCCACCCACUCCUGACGAUCGUGUUCGCCUUGUGAAAAAUGGUCGAUACUCUCUUAGUGAAACGGAAAGCUGCUUCAUUUUCGACCUGGGCCAGGGCAAGACUAAAGAACUUGUUCUUGUGCGGAAAAUUCUUCAACAUCAAGUUAAUCCUCCUGCCAGUCACUCCAUAGUUGGUCAACUAUUAGAAGCCGAACCACAGCUUCAAAAGUCACAGUACAUCAUCAAGGUCCUAGAAGACGGUCUUCGGGUGGCUCCUGCACAACUGUGCGCUCCAUUCUUAGAGGCAGCUACCGUAUUCUGCAUGAAAAGCCCCGAUGAGGAACAAGUGAUCAACUUGAUCGAUUACGUUGCUAAAGGAGUGGAAUCCAUCAAUAACAGCGGUGGAAGAGAGCAUAUUACUUUCUUCACUAACAUAGUCACUUGUCGGAAUGAAAGAAUUGAAAAGGACGAACGGUGGUUUAGCGAGAAAGUACUCGUGCGUAUCCCUGAUUGGGCGCCGACACUUCUCAUAUAUCCCGAAAAGACGGUCAAAGACAUAACUUUCGACAUGCUGCGUGAGCUUCUACUCAAUCAGGAGCAGAAUGAGAAUGACGAGGAAUACAAUACAUCCCUCCACAGAGUCGCUAGAGAACUCGCUGAAGGGUGCAUAGACCGCUUGAGAAAGACAUAUCUCGUGCAACCUGGCCAAAAUGUCGAGGCCAAGGUUGUGGAUACCAUUACUUUUGUCAUCACUCACUGUUUGCGCGAAUAUUUCGAUGAAGGUGAACCGGAGGAUGCCGAAUUUAUGCAACAAGCUGAAGCUGUGCUUAGUGCGAUUGAUCAAUUAUCUGUAGAUGUGCCAGAAGAGAUGGCGUCCGAAGAUUGGGAAGACCAGUCGAUCAUGGGAAGUGACUCUGAGCUUGGCAUGGCAACCCCAUGA